AUGAGGAUUCCAGUGUAUGUGAUGCCUAACUUCGACUUUGUGAAGAUGCUCGACCAUAUUCAGCGCUUCCGCAUCACCACUCUGACGGCCGUGCCACCGAUUAUCAUCGCUCUUGCGAAACAUCCUCUCGCGCGCAAGUAUGACCUAAGCAGCCUCGACGGCCUCGGCAGCGGAGCAGCACCACUGGCCCGGGAAGUCGCCGAAGAGGUGGAGAAGCUGUUCCCGAAGGGCAACAUCAUCGUGCGGCAGGGCUGGGGCAUGACCGAGGUGACCUGCACAUGCUUGAGCUGGGACCCAACGACGCUGAAGAAGAGCGCUGGAGUGGGAGAACUCAUGCCCAACUGCUCGGCAAAAAUCAUGGAGCUGGACGGCAAGACAGAGAUCAUGGAGCCGAACAAGCCGGGGGAGCUAUGGGUGACAGGACCGACACUGAUGCAAGGCUACUGGCAUAAGCCGGAUGCGACGAGGGACACAAUAUCCGUGGACUCAGAUGGGACGAGGUGGCUCAAGACUGGCGACAUUGCCUAUGUCGAGGUAUAUAAACCGGGCACAACGUUCCAUAUCGUGGAUCGCUUGAAGGAGCUCAUCAAGGUCAAGGGCAAUCAGGUGGCGCCAGCUGAGCUCGAGGCAGUCCUUCUCGAGCGGCCAGAUGUGGCAGAUGCAGCAGUCGUCGGAGUCACCAUCAAGGGAGAAGAACUACCCCGAGCCUAUGUCGUCAAGGUGCCUGACACUAACGCCUCGGAGCACGAGAUUUCGAAGUGGAUGGAGGGUAAAGUGACUCGGUACAAGCAGUUGAAGGGGGGAGUUUGUUUCGUUGAUAUAAUUCCCAAAAACCCGGUUGGUCAUCCUUUCGCCCUUCUAUGA